UCUGGUUGAUUAGGAAAUUAAAAAAGAAAAAAGAAAACUAAAAACAGUAAAGAAGGUGAUUGGAAUCCUCACCCAGCACCAGGAAUCCUUCACCCUUUUCCCCUUCUUUUCCUUUUAUGUGGAGCAACUUCUUUCCUUUCUUUCCUUUCCCUUGUAUGCUUUUGCCGUCUGUUUUCCUCUCUUUCUCCAAGCAAGCAAUUUAAAAUUUUCUCUUUUAAUCCCUCCCUCUCCGCUUUUCUUCUCUGAUCAAACACAAAUCUUCCCUUCGGAUCGUGAAAGAAAGAGAAAAAAACCAUGGCGGAAGAACACAGAUGCCAAGCGCCGCGUUUGUGCGUAAACAACUGCGGAUUUUUCGGGAGUCCGGCGACGCAAAAUCUUUGUUCUAAAUGUCACCGAGAUCUUCAGUUAAAGGAGCAACAAUCUUCCUCGGCGAAACAAGCCCUUAACCAAACCCUGAUCUCGUCCUCCGCACAAUCAUCGUCAUCAUCGGCUCCCUCUCCGGCCGUGGAUGUCUUGCAGAAGACGGUUACGGCUUCGGCGCCGAUCGUGAAAGGGGAAGAAAAGAAAGAUGUUGUGGCUGCGGCGGCCGUGCCGGUGGCUAGUGGCGUGAACAGGUGUUUGAAGUGUCCGAGGCGCGUGGGACUGACGGGCUUCAGGUGCAGGUGUGGGUCGUUGUUUUGUUGGCGCCACAGGUACCCGGAACAGCACGAAUGCACGUUUGAUUUCAAGGAGAUGGGCAAAGAGCAGAUCAGCAAGGAUAAUCCAGUUAUUAAGGCUGAAAAGCUUCAAAAGAUUUGAGAUAAUUGUUACGUGUUUUACGGCGUCGUUUCAUGUGGGUCGUCAGCGGCGGAUGUGAUGGUUGUUGGUGUUGGGUGGGGGUAGGGGUAGGGGUAGGGGUAGGGUGGGGUUAAUAUUGUCAAAUUGUGUGGUGUUAUGUAAAUUCCAAUUAUAUUUUAAGCUUUUAAUUAAAUAUAAUCGUAAUUUGUGUUUUAGUUUUA